AUGUCCACCAUCAAUAAUGAAAACUCUCUCAUGAAUAUGAUUCAACUAAUAUCAACUGUACAAGAGCUCUGGACCUAUGUCCAUAAUGCAGAGGAAAUUCUCAACAGCAGAGUUGGUGUUCCCUCACCUGCGCAGCACAGUAAUGAGAAUGUUCAACUAUUGUCCCGAGUUGUUAAUCAAUGCACUAAUACCUUGAAAACAGUUGCCGCGAUUUCCACUGUUCUUGGUAAACCUCUACCAUCUCUCAAGGAGACAUUACAAGCUUCUCAAACAACGCGGAAGGAGUUUUCUUCGGAAACGGCUCAGGUGAAAAUCCAGGAGCUUCUAGAAGAAAAAAAUCAAAUGUCUGCUCUUAACCUAAUUGGACGUGCAUAUUUUCUUCAACAUCUUUUUCAUAUAGAACUUCUACAAAAACGUUCGGGUUAUGAGCACAAGAAUUCACAGAGUGAAUUUCAUAAACCAGAACGACCCACUGCACCUGUGGAGGUACCAUCGCAGAGCAGCACAACGAUUGAGAGUUCUCAUACAUCAGAACGACCCACUGCACCUGUGGAGGUACCAUCGCAGAGCAGCGCAACGAUUGAGAGUUCUCAUACAUCAGAACGACCCACUGCACCUGUGGAGGUACCAUCGCAGAGCAGCACAACGAUUGAGAGUUCUCAUACAUCAGAACGACCCACUGCACCUGUGGAGGUACCAUCGCAGAGCAGCGCAACGAUUGAGAGUUCUCAUACAUCAGAACGACCCACUGCACCUGUGGAGGUACCAUCGCAGAGCAGCGCAACGAUUGAGAGUUCUCAUAAAUCAGAGAAUUUCAGUGUAGCUGGAGGCAUCUCCGAUAUGCGUUUGCGUUCUUGUACUGGUGCCGGAAUUGGCGCUAAAUCAACUUCUCCUUUUUUGCAGUUGGCUACUAUUGUUUUGGAAUGA